AUGUUUAACUCUCCCAAGUUUGACCUGUAUUCCUCCUAUCCCAAAUGCUAUGAAGCUAAAUGCGAUAUCGAUGGCUUAGUUACAAGAAAUGGUGAAGCCUAUUGCGGAGGCAUUCUACGUGAUGAGUUAGGCAGGUUUGUGAUGGCUUUUACAACAAAGGUUGGAAGAGGUUCUGUUCUCCAAGCGAAACUUUAUCGGAUUUGGCAUGGUCUUCGUAUCACUAAGGAGCAAUUUAAAACUUCCAGAAUCAUGGUUGAAUCUGAUUCUAUGAUUGCUGUAAAUCUCAUCAAUGAUGGAUGCAUGAGAUCUCAUCAUUGUUUCGAGACUUUUAGGGAGGUUAUUAAAGAGUUGGUUGCUCAUAAUCAACUAAUUUCAUGUAGCUACAUUUCUAGGGAGGCAAAUAAGGUGGUUGAUGCUUUAGCCAAGAGUAGAGUAGCUAAUGGAGAGGAGCCUAUUAUUUUUUUCAAUCCUCCUAGUUUGAUUCUUCCUUUGUUACUUGCAUAUUCUUCUGGUUUGCUAAAUUCUUGUAGUUAG